AUGACCGUUUCAGUCUUCUCCAACCUUGGGUUUAUCCGCUCUCUGAAUAUCCUACUUCUGAUGUUGACUGCUUUGAGCUUGAGCAGUCCCAUCAGGUCUGCUGAGAACCGUCAAAGGAUAUCAGUCGGUAGGAUGGGUGAUAAUCCACUACUUGAUGCACAGGACUUUCUGAGCCAGUUUCUUUCCACGAUAAACCUGACAGAGCUGAGGCCCCAGCCCAGGCCUCUCGCUGCUCGCAGGGAGCCACCGGAGUACAUGUUGGAGCUGUACAACCGAUUUGCUAAUGACCGCACUGCUGUACCCUCAGCCAACGUUGUGCGCAGCUUCAAGAAUGAAGAUUCCUCCCCCUACAGUAUAACAGCCAUGGGUGUAAGGAUACAUCCCCUGCUGUUCAACAUCUCAAUGCACCACCAUGAGCAGAUAACAAUAGCUGAGCUUCGCCUUUUCACCCUGUUCCAGAAGGCCCAAAGAUCAUAUGCUGGCAUUGACUGCAAGGUGACCAUCUACAAAAUACAUGAGGGCGUUGUUUGGACAAAAGAGGUGGGGAAAGAAGGGAGAAGUAGGGAUAAAGAGGAGGUGGUGGAGAUGAAUGAUUUGGAGGAACUGCUGACAAAGUAUAUCCAUGCCAAAGAUAACAGCUGGGUGUCGUUUGACCUGACUCAUGUGGUUGCACUCUGGCGGAAGUCAGGGUGUGCAACUCACAGACUGGAGGUUCAUAUUGCAAGUCUGGGGUCAGAAGAGGAAGGGGUCGCACAAGAGGUCACAGAGCAGGGCGGGAGGUUGGCUAACAUUGAUAUCGACAGGAGCAUGGAAGGCAAACACAAUGCGGUGAUGAUCGUAUUCUCAGAUGAUGAGAAUGGAGACCACAAACAGGAUAAAGAAGAGCUCAACCAGAUGAUUGAACAUGAGAAUGACCUUCCUGAAAACGUGGGCCGGAGCCAACAAGCUUUCUGGGGGCACGUUAAUCACAACACCGGCCACACUAACCAGGACGAGCUGUCUCUCAUGCAUCUGCAGUCCAACCUUAUCUAUGACACACCUCCCCGAAUCCGUCGCAAUGUUAAGAGCGAGCCAUGCAAGAGGACCCCACUCUUUGUGGAUUUUAAAGAGAUUGGCUGGGAUACGUGGAUCAUCCAGCCUGUGGGCUAUGAGGCGUAUGAAUGCAACGGCGUGUGUAACCCGCCUAUGACCUCUGAGGUCUCGCCUACCAAACAUGCCAUAGUGCAGACACUGCUGAGUGUUAAGAGUCCAGAGAGAGCAUCGCGUGCCUGCUGUGUACCCACUAAGUUGGAGCCAAUUUCACUCCUUUAUCACGAUAACGGGGUGAUUACUUUCAAUCACAAGUAUGAGGGAAUGGUGGUGGCAGAGUGUGGCUGUAGAUAG